AUGAAUGACUUUUGGUAUAAUGAAACUAUUAAUACCCAAAGAAACCGUAGUGGUCCCAUUCCAGUUGCAAUUAAACACAAUUCGCGGGAUAAUUCUGAAGAAUUUAUAAACGAGUUCAACAUCAAUUUAUGA